GCGAGCUUUCCUCGCGGGCGAGAGCGGGGAGGAGGAGGCUGCUUGCUUGCUGCCGCCGCCCCGAAGUGCACCGACGGCGCUUCCCGAACGGUCGCUGCAGGAGCUCCGCCGCCCCCGAGCUUCUUCGAAUGAAUUAAGGAGCGGGAGCCUCGCGCCGGCUGCUCCGCGCCGCGGCUGGAUUUACUCCGCAAAGGACGCCCGGCUCGGGAUCGCUGGAGCUGCCGCCAGUCCCGCCCAGUUUCACUGAACUGGCCUUGGCUGAGAUGCCAGAUAAAACACCAGAGGGUAAAGAAACCUUAUCUAGGAAUGAAGACAGCUACCAUUUGCCCCUUGAUGUGUUGCCUCCGGUGACGAUGGGAACGACCCCCAAGACAACAGGGGAAGACUUGCACCGAGGGGACAGGCACUACCGCUACUGUGGCAUCAGGACCAAGGAACUGUCAGAGAGGGACCGUCCUGUCAGCUUCAGUUCCACGUCAUCCUCUGCAUCCUCCAGGGACAGCCACUGUUCCUUUGGCAGCAGAACAACCUUAGUUUCAAACAGUCAUCUAGGCUUAUUCAAUCAGGAUAAGGAAGCCGGGGCCAUAAAACUAGAACUGAGCCCAGCUGAACGAUUUUCCAGCAAGGAGCAAAGAAACAACAACCCUAUGAAGGAACAGGCCUCUGAUGGAAGUGUUGGAAGACGGCCAAGUAUGCCAUGGAAAGCUGAAUCAAAGGAGACUACCAAGAAUUGUGUCAUGUCCUUGAUUGUGGAACCUACAAGCCCAAAGCUUUUGUAUGUUGACAGAGUGGUCCAAGAGAUCCUGGAGACUGAGCGGACAUAUGUGCAGGAUUUAAAAAGCAUUGUGAAGGAUUACCUUGAUUGUAUCACUGACCAAUCCAAGCUCUCUUUGGGCACAGAGGAGCGAUCAGCUUUGUUUGGAAACAUAAAAGAUAUUUACCAUUUCAAUAGUGAACUUUUGCAAGAUUUGGAAAACUGUGAAAAUGACCCUGUAGCUAUAGCAGAAUGCUUUGUUUCUAAGAGUGAAGAUUUCCACAUAUACACACAAUAUUGCACCAAUUAUCCAAGGUCAGUGGCUGUCCUAACAGAAUGCAUGAGGAACAAGUCCUUGGCCAAGUUUUUCCGAGAACGACAAGAAGCUUUGCAGCAUUCUCUACCUUUAGGAUCCUAUCUUUUAAAACCUGUUCAGAGAAUACUCAAGUAUCACCUACUUUUGCACGAGAUAGAAAACCACCUUGACAAAGACACUGAAGGUUAUGAUGUUGUUUUGGACGCUAUAGAUACAAUGCAGAGAGUGGCAUGGCAUAUUAAUGAUAUGAAGAGGAAACAUGAACAUGCUAUCAGGUUGCAGGAGAUACAGAGCUUACUCACCAACUGGAAAGGACCAGACCUUGCUAGUUAUGGGGAGCUGGUUUUGGAAGGAACAUUCCGCAUCCAGAGAGCCAAAAAUGAGCGUACUUUGUUCCUCUUUGAUAAACUUCUCCUGAUUACGAAGAAGAGAGAAGAGAUGUUUACCUACAAAGCUCAUAUACUGUGUGGCAAUCUCAUGCUGGUGGAAGUAAUACCAAAGGAACCUCUUAGCUUUAGUGUCUUCCACUACAAAAAUCCGAAGAUGCAACAUACUGUUCAGGCUAAAUCACAGCAAGAGAAGCGUCUUUGGAUUCUUCACUUGAAAAGAUUAAUUCUAGAAAACCACCCUGCCAAAAUCCCAGCUAAGGCCAAGCAAGCAAUUCUUGAAAUGGAUGCUAUCUACCACCCAGGUUUUCACUAUAGCCCAGAAGGAGAAAUAAAAGCAUCAAGUUUUUCUAAACAAGGGAUCACCCCACAGAGGAUGAGAAGGAAAUCAGAACCUUCAUCCAGAACUCAUAAAAUUAUAAAACCAAGUGAAAUGGAUUCAGACAUGCAAAAGCGGAUCAGCAUUGAAGGAGCCUUGCUGUCUCAGGCUGAAUCUCUCCUAAGCCCCAGGAAGACACUUUCCUUGAAUCACAAAGGGCUAGACUCCAGUGAAGUAGCCUACAGUAGUGAUCGAGAGGAUAAUGCCAUCACAGGUGGUGCAGAUCAGACUGAUGCUGAUGAUGAAGAAGAGACGGAACAGAGCAUACAACAAAAUUCACAGCAGAAACCAAAAGGAGGCCGCAAAAGACUAAAUAGUCAAGUUGCUGAAAACUUUGAGAAACGAAGAAGUGUUAAUCUCAGCAAAUAUGAAAUUCAGAACUCCAAAGAGCUUGCAGAUGAAGCAUCUUCCCAAGUGAGCACGAAGCUUCCAUUUCCCAGUGGCGGAGGUGGUCAGCCAUCUCAGCAGUUUGCAAUGCAAAAUGGCUCAUUCAUGAUGAAUAUUUUGGGCAGAACAAAUGCUGUGAGAAACAUCUGGACAGACCAUCAGAUCCGACAAGCUUUGUUCCCGAGCAGGCGACCUCUGCAAGAGAAUGUAGAAGAUGAAGAUGAUUACCAAAUGUUUGUGCCAUCAGAGUCUACAUCCAAUUUAGCUUCUAUGGCUAAUGAAGAGAGGGUCCCAUCAGGCCGCCCUUGCAGCUGGCAUGUAGGAAUUGGUCAUCCAACUGAUGUUUCCAGUUCUAACUCUCACAGAAUAGUGAGGCGAGCCAGCAGUGCUGGCGAAAGUAAAACUUCUCCAUGUGGUUCAAGAUACAGAAAAAAUGAUAUUAGUCAAAAUGUUUCUUGGAAUGAAAUGAAAAACUCUCAGAGCAAUAUGGACAAUCUGCAGGUGUACCCAGAAUCUUCAGAAGAACUGACUAUUGAUGACAUAGAUCAUGUGUAUGACAAUAUAAGUUUUGAAGAUUUGAAAUUAAUGGGUCUCGCUCGAAGGGAUGAGACAGACCGUGCCCCACAAGGGUCAGCUAGAGACUCACUCUAUGAGACUCAAGAUCAAGAAGUGACUUUCAAGAAAAAACAAGGAUCUCAUAGCAGGACUUCCAUGCUGGACAAGAAUGAAACUAUUCCCAGGAGGGGCACUUCUCCUGCAAGCUCUCUUGAUCUAAGGGUCAGUGAGGAGAAUGUUUAUGAUACAAUAGCCCUCCCAGAGCAAUCAUUGCUGAAUUGCAAGUGUCAUAAUCUUAAGUGUUCCAAAAAGAGAACUUUCCUGGGUCUUGAAACAGAUUUUGCAUGUUGUGACCACCUCCGGAAAUUUGUUUCUGAAGAAAGCCUUCAAUUCAGUGAAGAUGAAAAUCCAUAUCAUUAUGUUCCAGUAGAUCAUGAAUAUUUGCGCUUAGCAGAUAGCUCCUCAAACUCUGAUUCACAUUCUCACAAGUCUGCUGCAGAUAAGUUAUCAGAGGAAGUAGAUGAAAUCUGGAAUGACUUAGAGAAUUACAUCAAGAAGAAUGAAGAAAAGACCCGAGAUCAUGUCCUUGCAGCUUUUCCUGUCUGCAAAGAUGAUAUAGACAAUAACUCCUCUAGUGGAACAACUUGUGAAUUAAAUAAAGAUGUGGAAUAUUCUCUCUCUACUCUCUCCCUGCCACAAACACCUGUUUUCCCCAAAACUCUGCCCAACAAGGUAGCCAGGUUAAGUGAAGCCAACCUUAAGUAUGAAGAAGCAGCCUCAUGUAAAGCAAGUUCACUGGUGAAUCUCAACAGAACUUCAGUUUCCAACGAGAUGGCUUUUGUAGACAGCCUUUAUGAAUCAGCCAGUAGCAUUCUGUGUGGUGCAAAUACAGAGAGUGCUGACAACGAAUUGGAUACUGUGGAUAAAACUAAAAACCGGGUCUUUAUGAUGGCAAGACAGUACAGCCAAAAAAUUAAGAAGGCAAAUCAGCUCUUGAAAGCAAAAAGCCCAGAGCAAGAGCAAUUUCUGAAUCGGCAACAGAAAUCAAGGCACAAGGAUUUAGCAGCCAUUUUGGAAGAGAAGAAGCAAGGCGGUCCUGCCAUUGGCGCCAGAAUCGCCGAAUAUUCACAAUUGUAUGAUCAGAUUGUUUUUCGGGAGACCUCACCUAAAUCACAAAAGGUCACUAAUCAGGAAUCACCAGCCAUAAGGUAUUCCUCACCAGUGUCAACAUCUCAGUUAGCUGCUGAAUGCUUAAAAGCAGAAGACUGGCUUUUGCACUCAACAUACAGUAAUGAAGAGCUCUCUGACUUCUCUCCUUGGCCAGAUGCCCCACACCUGAAGUCCAAAAGCCCUCCUUGCGAGAGGAGUGUAAAGCAGGGCAUGAAACAGUUGCCAGCAGCCUGCUCUGUGCCUUCCCUUCAGCUUCCUCUUCGCCCACAUGUUUCUGCACAAAGGUGGAGUGCUAUUAUAAGUCAGCCUAACAAAGAGAACAUGCAUCACAGCCACAUCUACAAUUCUUUGGGGAGAAAGGAAGGCAGUGCAAAGGCGCAGAUGUACGGCAGAUCGCAGUCAUCUUCCUCAAUUGUGGUCAACAAGACUGUGGAAUCAAUCAAUUAUCCACCUGAAAUGGGUAAGAAGCAGUUGCAUUCAAGCAGGAACUUUCUCUCUGACCAUUAUCAAGAAACAGAGCCAGGUGCCUCUUCAGGCCUUUCAACGUGUGAUGACACCAUACAGAUCCCAGACAAUUUAUCUGAAAUGAUUCUGCAAGAUUCUCAAAAAGUUCUAAGAGUUAACAGAAACUUGCUGUCAAAUGCACAAAUAGCUACCCAGAACUACUUUUCUAAUUUCAAAGACACUGAUGAUGGAGAAGGCGAUGACGAUGACUAUGUUGAGAUCAAAUCUGAAGAUGAGGGCUCUGAUUUAGAGACUUUCUACAACCAAACAAAGCUGUCGGACUCAAAACUAAAUGCACAUUCGUCUCCUCCAGAAACUGUCAGUGGCCAAAAUAUGCCCUUGGCUUCUGCUAAGCCAUCAGACUCUUUCCUGAGCACAUGUAGUGAUUCAGAUAAGUUGAAUGACUACCUAUGGCGAGUACCUCCUUCUAAUCAGCAGAAUCUUGUCCAGUCCUUAAGGGAGAAAUUUCAGUGUCUUAGCUCAAGUAGCUUUGCUUGAUAUUUUAUAAAAUUUCUGAUUGUUCUGCCUUAAUGCUGAGAAAGUGUAUAGUAGGACAAUCAGUACUCGUAAUGCAAAUUGUAGCAUCCCUAUUUUUAACUAUUGUCUACUAAGAGAGUUAAAGUGGCCGGGUUUUGCACUGUUGAGUAACUGAGUGAUUUGAGAUAACAGGCUUGUUUUCUUUGCAUUUUUUUGGCAUUUCUCCUCAUUGUAAGAUAGUGGUGACCAUUACAUAUGAGAGCCAGAAUUCUGAAUUUUGUGGAAAUGCAAUGUAAAGUAAUGCUAAAACAGAAGGUAUGGUUAGGGGGCUAUAACAUACGCUGUGAUGUGUGCAGUAUCUGUGAUAAGAGUAUUCUAAGAUCCACUCGCUUACUUACUGAGGUAUGAAAUACUGUGACUGGAUUGAGGCUUAUUAAGUGUCAUUACAAUUUCUUAAAAUUUCUUCCUCCUCCUGUCCACCUUUCCGAGCAACUUUGAUGAAUAAAAUGUGCAGUUGUCGUACAGACCAAAAUGGAAAUUGUGGGAUCAUGCAGAAAAAGCUUUCAAAAGCACCUUUCGUUCUUAAUUAAAGCCUGUAGAGUAACUGGAACUCCAUAUUUGGGAAAUGGCUUGCAGGUGUAACGCCCACUGGCAGUGUGCUAAACACCAUCUAAGGGUGUUUCUGGCCCUUUUAGUUUUUCAUUUCAAUUUAUGAUGCUUUUCUUUUAUUUCAGUAUGCUAAACACAUUCCUUUUCUUGUUUUAGAUCAUGUCUCCCAUUUAUUACGUGGGAUAUCCAUGAUCACUUUGUAGCCCUAUUCAGGUAUUUGACACCCAUGUAUACUGAAUGCAUGACUGGAUUAUCAGGAAUGUGUCAGCUAGCCCUAUCUCCGAGCAGGCACACCCAAGCUGACCACGUCGCCCAGCCAACAUGUCACUGGCAUCUCUGCAUUUAUUGGAUGUCCUCUGUGAGGACACACAUUCUGGUUAGGCAGCGUAUCUUUGUGGAAGGAGCCCCAGCCCAUCAGCCCUCUUGAGACUGACACCAGUCUUGCAUUGGUCAGGCACCAUGGCCAACACAACUGGCCACUGGGGGGCAGAGCCCUAUUGUGCUCAGUAGUUUUGUCAAGGUUUCACUAUCCAUGGGUCCUAAAUUCCAAAAUAGGGGUAGUUCUUGCUGCCAGUGCUGCUGUGAAUUAAAUUCUUCAUUGCACAGCUUUCACCUGGAUUACUUGAAAAGAUAACUGUGCAAAUACAUGACAUAUAGCCAGUUUUCUGUUAGACGUGAAUGACAACAUAAAUACAAAGCAUAAUGCAUUUUACCAAGAAGGCUUCUUUCUUAUGCAUUGUUUCCACUUUCAGUACACUUCACUCUAGCAGUUUUCUCUAACUUGGUGCUUCUCCAGAUGUGUUUUGACUACAGUUCCCAGAAUCCUGGAACUUGUAAUCCGGUGCAUCUGAAGAACACCAGCUGGAAAAAGCUGUUCAAAGUACAGUAACGUAAGUUUUAAGAUGUCAGCAGCUGCCUUUAUAGAUGCUUUUAACAUAAUCCUCCAACUGACAUGUAUAUAUAUUUUCCUCUUCUGAAAUGAGUACAGAAGAAUUCAUGAAUGCUGAAUUACCCCACAGCUACAUACAGAUGCUUUUUCAUUGUGGAAAAACUAUGUCAAAAAUAUAGAGCUUUUCUCUCAGUUGUAAGGUGAAUUUAAAUGCUCUCUCCUGGUUUAGCAGAAGAGCUGACUAUAAUGCAACCCAUGUCUAGUAAAAUGAAUGAGAAACAUUGUAAAUGUAUACAGAAUUAGCAAAUAUCAAUUUUAUUUAAUAAAACAAGUGAAAUAAUGUAAAUAAUAGUAAUAGCAAAAUUAAAUGCAUUAACAAUAGGCACAUUUAUUUUUCUUUGUACUGGAAAAGGAAAUUUGUUAACCAGAUAAACUAAUGAGAACUCAGUAGAGACAAAGUUGGAAUUUAUAAUUUGUAGCUUUGUAAGGAACAAAUAUUAAUAUGUAUUGGGUACUUUUAGACUUGCUGGAAGGGAAGCAAGAUGGUGAAAUUCACACAUGAUGAAGAAAAGUUUGAGAAAAGAUAAUCUUGAAACCUUUUAUUUAGUUCAUGCUUUGUUGGUAGUUUAGUUCUGUUGUUACUCUCCAGUGCUACGAAUUGUCAAAAAAUACCAGUUAAAUAGAAAGUUACUCCCAACUUUUUUAAAAAUCUAGAUUUUAUAAAAUAUGAAGGUGAAACCAAAAGAAUGCCAAUGUUCCUUUAGUUUGAAUUUUAUAUGUUUACCUGGCUAGUGAACUAUUGGAGAUGCCAUGCGUUACUCUGAAGACAGCAUUUGCUUUGUGUAUUUCUUCAUAUUGUAAUCUCUGAUUUGGAAGGUUACAUUUAUUCUGCUUCCCUUAUCAGUGGAACUAUUUUAGUAUUUUAAAACAAAUACCCAGAAAGGCUAUUUCUUGGUACUCAAAAGGUGAAUUAGCUUGUGGAGGCUUCUACAUCCACCAUUGGGGGCUUACAACCCCAUUUCCUUUGUAUAUUUAUUCUAUUCAUAGCAGUGGGCAGCAACAAAAAGGAUAAUGCAAGGAUACUAUUUUAGCUAUUACUAAAAUGGAAACAAUAGACCCAGAAAAUAUGCUUACAGCAGGGGAUUGAUACAACCUGUGUUGCAAACUGGGUAGGUCUCAGGAUACCCAUUGUGAUCCCAUAUUAUUAAAAUGGAUUUUUCUUUGGAAGAUGUGUAGCUCUUCUGUAUAACUUUUUGUAGGCAGUUUUAUUUUAAACAUUGUACUAUUGCUUGUAAAAGACUGUUUUUUUAAUGUUUUACUCAUUCUGUAUUUGUUGGUAGUAGCUGCACUAUACUACUGUACAGGGUUCAAAAUUCUGGAUGGAUUCACACUGUUUCCUAGUUUUUGCAUAAUUUUAGUUUUUAUUUUCUAUUGGUAAGAGACACAACCUCUACGUUGCACUUUUUCAUGACUCAUUUUGUAAGGAAUAUGUAAAAAAAAACCUGUAUGUACAUGUAGAUGAUGUCAUAAGUAAAGCUUUUCUCAUUUUUAUGUUUAAAAGCUGAGUUUAAAGCAUGCCAGACCUGAAUAUAUGUAAGUAAAAUGCUGCUUAGAAAAAAUAAAUUUGUUUGCAGGAAAUUAUUUAAAUAAUCUCCAUCUUUUUAAUAACUUGCUUCACCUGCAGCACCUACUUUCAUGGAUUCAUCACAAUACAACUACUGAUUGUGUGCUUCUGUCCCUCCACCCCCAUUGGAAUGGCUAGCCUUGAUACCAUGAGCCU